GAGUGCAAGUUUACUUAAGGCAGAACAAAGCUGCGGGAGCUUGAACGGUCGUCGAAUGGUCGAUUUUGAAGUUUUGUCAGCAGUACGAAAAAUAAGUUUUAUGCGUGGAACACAUUUGUUAGUUUAAUUAAUAGUUUUAAUUUAGUUUUAUAAAAUGUCUGUCAAAGAAUUGCAUCAUCAUAAUGUUGGGGAAAGGGGACCUCAAAUUUCACCAUCAACAAAAAUGGCAAAUGGAUACAUUUUGCCAGAAGGAAAAGUCACACCGAAUACAAUUUUUGUUGGUGGAAUUGAUAUGAAGGUGGAUGAACAUGAAAUCAGGGAUUUCUUUGCAAGAUACGGGGCAGUGAAGGAAGUUAAAAUAAUCACUUACAGAGGAGGUAUAUGCAAAGGGUACGGGUUUGUCUCAUUUGAGGAGGAUGUGGAUAUUCAAACCGUUGUUGAACAACAGAUCAGUUUUAAAGGCAGAAAGUUGAAACUUGGACCAGCAAUAAUGAAAGAAAGAAUGCCAUGUUCCAUUCAGAGUCAUAUUGGACCUUCACAAUGGAUGGUGGCUCCUUCGCAACAGGUGUAUUGUGUGUGUUGCAACCAAAUGAUGGAAAGUGUAAUGCAGCCUUUUCCUGUUAUGAGCCCAGGAAACCAAUAUGUCCAGUGUCAUGCAUCGUGGUACACUGGUGGAGCGCUUAACAGGAAGACUCAGCCAUACACUUACCCAGGUUUCCCAGCAGUUGUAAUGCCAGAGAUGCCUAUGGGCUAUUCUCAGAAUGCUUAUGCAUAUCAGUAUGCUGCCCCACAGUGGCCUGCAGGAGAUCAUAGGACGAGAUUGGUAAACCAGAAUUUUGUCGACUGUGGUGUGCAGACACUGCUGACCCUGUUAUAAUUUCCUCCACACAAGGGCAUCUUUCCCAAGGAGAAAUGGCUAUACUGCAAGUGCUGCGGUGGGCAUCUUUUUUAAAAGAACCAGCUGAAACUUUAAAGUUUAUCCAUUGCUCAAAGAAUGAUUGUUUUAAAGGUCAUGAGGAUAUAUACUGCAGACUCCUUUUAUUGUAUUAUUCAAUUUGCAUCUUUAUUAAUAUUUUAUGAUUCCCUCUAAGAAAGCAGCUGCUUGAUAAACUGUUACUCAUAACAUUUUAGUUCACAGUGUACAUUUUCUCUUUUAUAUAAUUUUUUUUCUUUAUUAAACAGCAUGGCUGCUGAUGUACGUUUCUUUUGUAAAACUUCAUUUACACUUCAAUUUUUAUUGGCUUUUUGUGUCUCCAUCUUAUUUCAGUUUGUGUUCUUGUAAUUUCAUAUUCUAUACAGUGAUUCCAAAUGCUUUCUUAAAUGUGUAUAUAGCCAUAACUGUAUGUUUGCUAGAGAAAUGUGUAAGUUUAGUAGAAUUUCAGUUGAUUGGCCAGAUUCUUGAACAGGAAUGAAAGUAAAGGGUCAUGGUUUAAAGGAAAUGCAAGGAAGGAAAUGUAAGUGGUAUGAUCCUUGGUUUCCUACCUUAGAACAUAAUGUAAAUCCAAACAAAAACAUUCCACCUCAUGGAUGCACAUGUUCUAACCCAGAAUUACCAUGUGCAUAAAAUGGCGGGAGCCUUAGAAACUUGGCAGAAGCUCUGUUCUAUCAUGGGGAAAUUUUAUUUCAGUACUAUGCAAGGCCUUUUUUCUUUUUAAUCUGUGUACGUAGUAAGUCAUUGUCAAGUUUUUUUUCACUAUCUUAAAUGUUUAUUGUCUAUCACUGGGUUAUAUUGAUUUGUUUUGCAAUUUUUGUUUUGUUCUUUCAAGUUGUUUGGCAAUUGUUUUUGUUUUUUUUAGUAGUAAU